UGUCCCCCUGCGUGGGCUGGAUCGAACCCCGAAGCCCUCCUUCCCUGCCCCUCCCCCUCCAGGGGACACCCUUCUGAACAGUGUCUGUGUGGAAAGAGGAGGAAGGAAGAGCUCACCCAGCUGGGCUCCUGAGCCAGGGCCAGGUCUCCAGUGGAACCCGGGGUGCACUCAGCGUGCUCCAGCUCUGAGCAGGGCCAACCUGCAUGCCUAAUCGGCUAUUUAAGGAGCUGUUGGCCAGCAACCCAGGCAGCCCAGCUCCCCACCUAUACCCAUCCAGAGCCACCUUAAAAGCAGAAGGCAAUUGUGAAGUCGCUGGCCAGCAAGUAGAGUGAAGACUGCAGAGGGAGAUAAAAGAAAGAGGGCCCAGAGAGAGGGCAGCGAGAUUUGUCCUGGGGAACCUCGAAACCAACGGUAGCCGACUGAGAACCAACCACCUGGAAGCCCACAGAGACACAGAGACAGCAAGAGAAAAAGAGAAGAGAUAAAUACAUUCAACUUCAGGACUCUCUCUCUCUCUCUCUCUCUCUCUCUCUCUCUCUCUCUCUCUCCCUCCCCCCCUCUCUCUAAUCUGGUCCUCCAGUCUCCAAACUCCCAGUACCUUGUGCUCCUUCUGAGGAUACCAUCAUGUUCUUCACGUUCCUGCUACAGGUGAUUUGGAUCCUGGCUGCUUUCGGGGAUGAACACUGGACAUAUGAGGGUGAGCUGAAUCCAAGGCCUGCUACCUACACUGAUUUCUCCUCUCACACGGGGACCUCUUCACCUGGCAGGAAGAUUUAUGUCCCCCACGGAUACGACCAGCCUGGCACCGAGCCUCUGGAGCUGCACAAUAACGGCCACACAGUGCAACUCUCUCUGCCCCCUACCCUGUAUCUGGAGGGACUUCCCCGGAAAUAUGUAGCUGUCCAGCUCCACCUGCACUGGGGUGAGAGAGGAUCCAAGAUGGGGUCAGAGCACCAGAUCAACAGCAAAGCCUCGGCUGCAGAGCUCCACAUCGUGCAUUACGAUUCUGAUUCCUACAACAGCGUGGGUGAGGCUAUGAAGAGCCCUCAGGGCCUGGCUGUCUUGGGCAUCCUCAUUGAGGUGGGUGAGAAUGAGAAUCCAGCUUAUGAACACAUUCUGAGUCGCUUGCAUGAAAUCAGGUAUAAAGGUCAGAAGACCUCAGUGCCUCCCUUCAGCGUGAAAGAGCUGCUCCCCCCAGAGCUGUCACAGUUUUUCCGCUACAAUGGCUCGCUCACCACACCCCCCUGCUACCAGAGUGUGGUCUGGACAGUCUUCAGUCAGAAGGUCCAGAUUUCAGCGGGACAGCUGGAAAAGCUUCAGGAGACACUACUCUCUAGAGAGAGGGAGCCCGCUCAGGUCCUGGAACAGAACUACCGAGUCCCACAACCUCUCAAUCAGCGAAAAGUCCUUGCUUCUUUCAACCAAGACGAAUCCCCGUAUACCACAGGUGAAAUGCUGAGCAUAGGAGUGGGAAUCUUGGUUGGCAGCCUCUGCCUUGUGGUGGUUGUUUAUUUCAUCGCUAAGAAAAUCCAGAAGAAGAAGUUGGAAGAUGAGAAGAGUGUGGGAUUCACCUCAGCACAAGCCACGGAAUAGACUCCAUCUCGAACAUCAUGGACUCCUAGGUCAUACCUGUCAGGGAGCGUCUAGAAUGGGAGACGGGGACUGGCCAGAAAUACAAACCCCUCCUUCCUCCAGACAGUCAUGGACUGGCUCUCAGUCGAGAAAGAACUUCAGUCUCUCAAAACAUAUAGGAGAUGAGGAGACCCCUACAUUGAUAACGCAGAGGGCACACUGUGUUUGGUUGCAGGGGAAGUUGGGAAUGUGACCCAAAUUCCCCCACCCCCUCUCCUUUAUGGCUCUUUCCCUAGAUACGGGCAGGAUAUCCCCUCAGGAAAAAGGGUUGCUGUUGUGGGGGUUAUAUUUUUGCUCAAUAUAUUUGAAAAUUAAGGUUUCUGACCCA